UCGCACUAUCUCCAUAUGCGCUCGUUUUCUCGGCUGUCUGGGGCUCUACCGCCUGUACAUCCAGCGUGCGCGCGCGUGUGUCUGUGUGCGCGCACCUGAGAUUGUGAAAAAGGGGGAAGCGCACUUCAAGACUGAAGAGAUCGCGCUGAAGGAGUGCGCUGUACGCACCGGGCUACGGAAAGCAGUCAUUCUCCAUCUCUCCUUCUCGCGCGCGCUCUCUCUAUCCUCCUGUUUUCUCUCAUUCACUCCUUCCUGAAGCCGGUGGCCAGUGUAGUCUGAGCGCCGCCGCGACCAAGGGCUUUUCUCGCAGGUUCGGGGGAUGAUGUCUGGAUCCAGGAAAGAGUUUGACGUGAAGCAGAUCUUGCGGAUCCGGUGGAGGUGGUUCGGCCACCCCGCGUCUCCGCCGCCCCACAGCCCGGCGCUGGGGGACUUUUUCAGCGGCCGAAAUGCGGGGGCUUCGGCGGACAGCACGUCCAGCGGUGCAACAUCUGGCGGCGGCGGUAACAUCAGCUGCGGCACCGGCGACGGAGGCUCCUGUAUCAAUAACGGCGAUAACAGAAAGUUUCUGAGCACGUCGGACCAUCCCGUGUCCUUGUCGGCGGCUGCAUCCGUUUGCCUCCGAUCAUUCAGCGAGGGGGACUGCCGUAGCUCCCCGCCGCCGCCCUGGGCUUGCCCCCAGCCCGAAGUGCCGGGUGUGGAGCCCGUCGACCAGGGCUGUGCGAGGGCCCGGCAGUAUCAGCCGGAGGGAGCGGCAGAGGCAGUCGCGGAAAGUGAGGAGGACAACAUUAACAUGGACUCUGAGUCCAGUUCUUACAGGAGCUCCAACAGCAGCCAGACUCUGUCUUCCAGCCAGACGGCCGAGCCCUGCGUCCCCGAGGAGCUCUUCCAGUCCCUGAGCCACGCGGAGCACACCUUCCACAAGAUGGAGACCUACCUGAGGCACAAGCAGCUGUGUGACGUGGUGCUGCUGGCCGGAGAGCGUAGGAUACCGGCCCACAGACUAGUCCUCUCCUCCGUGUCAGACUACUUUGGCGCCAUGUUCACCAGCAACGUCAGGGAAGCCAAACAGGAGGAGGUGAAGAUGGAGGGCGUUGACCCUGAUGCGUUAUGGGCGCUCGUGCAAUAUGCGUACACUGGCCGCCUGGAGCUGCGUGAGGACACGGUGGAGAGCCUGCUGGCCGCAUCCUGCCUGCUGCAGCUGUCUGCCGUCGCGCAGGCCUGCUGCAGCUUCCUAGUCAAGCAGCUGCAUCCCUCCAACUGCCUGGGCAUCCGCUCCUUUGCCGACGCGCAGGGCUGCCAGGACCUUCUCAAGCUGGCACACAGCUACGCGAUGGAGCACUUCCUGGAGGUGACCGUCCACCCAGAGUUCCUGCUGCUGCCCCCCGGUGACGUCGAGAGGCUGCUGUCGUCGGACGACGUCAACGUGCCGGAUGAGGAGGCGGUGGUGGGGGCGCUGCUGAGCUGGGUGCGGCACGACGGCGCCUCGCGCAGGUGCCACCUGCCACGGCUGCUGGCGCACGUCCGGCUGCCCCUGCUGACGCCGCAGUACCUCGCAGACCUGGAGGGUGACCCCCUGCUGCUACACAGUGCAGACUGCCAGCGCCUCCUUAUGGAGGCAAUGAAGUUCCAUCUGUUGCCCGAGCGCCGGAUGCUGGUCCAGAGCCCGCGCACGCGGCCCCGCAAGGCCACUGUGGGGGCGCUGUUCGCCGUGGGUGGCAUGGAUGCCACCAAAGGUGCCACCACCAUCGAGCAGUACUGCCCGCGCCGGGACUCGUGGCGGCAGGUGGCGGUCAUGAGCGGCCGGCGGCUGCAGUGUGGCGUGGCGGUGCUGGAGGAGCGUCUCUACGUGGUGGGCGGCCGCGACGGCCUCAAGACGCUCAACACCGUGGAGUGUUACAACCCCCGUAGCAAGAGCUGGAGCGCCAUGCCUCCCAUGGCUACCAACCGGCAUGGCCUAGGCGUGGCCGUGCUGGAGGGCCCCAUGUACGCCGUUGGCGGCCAUGACGGCUGGAGCUACCUGAGCUCGGUGGAGCGCUGGGACCCCCAGACUCGGCAGUGGAGCUUCGUGGCCAGCAUGGGGACACCUCGCAGCACCGUGGGCGUGGCCGUGCUCGCCGGCAAGCUGUAUGCUGUGGGCGGCCGUGACGGUAGCGCCUGCCUGAGCUCGGUGGAGUGCUUCGACCCCCACACCAACAAGUGGAGCGGCUGCAGCCCCAUGACCAAGCGGCGGGGCGGGGUGGGCGUGGCCACCUGGAGCGGCUUCCUGUACGCCGUCGGGGGGCACGAUGCGGCCGCCACCAGCCUGACCUCCCGCCUGUCCGACUGCGUGGAGAGGUACGACCCCAAAACGAACACGUGGACGGCAGUGGCUUCCAUGAGCAUCAGCAGGGACGCCGUGGGGGUGUGUCAGCUGGGCGAGCGGCUCUACGCCGUGGGCGGCUACGACGGACAGUCUUACCUUGACGUCGUGGAGACAUACGACCCGCAGACCAAUGAGUGGACGCAGGUGGCGCCGCUGUGCUUGGGGAGGGCGGGCACCUGCGUCGUGGCCGUGAAGCUGUGACUGCCGCUGGACCUGCUGUGAUGGCCCUCGGACUUUCAGACUCUGUGGAUCCAAGGGGGGAUCCGAUGCCAAUUCUCCCGCCGGUGUUCCCUCCCCAGGAGCUAAAGGGCAUUUUUCAGUGUUACCCCCCCCCCCC